UCAAAGCCCUAAGUAACCAGCUUCAUCACUUAUCUCUCAAACUCUCACGUUCAGAGAAUCUCAGAUCUAAGAAACAGAGGUUAUUCAUCAUUCGAUCUCUCUCUCGUUUCGACUCGUUGCUGAUUCGUUGCUACUCAAGUGAUAAAGAUGAACGAUCUAAUGACGAAAUCGUUCACGAGCUACGUGGACCUAAAGAAAGCAGCGAUGAAGGAUCUGGAGUCAGGACCCGACCCGGAUCUCGUCGAGAUGUCGAACAGAACCGACGAGAAUAAUCUCUCCUCGUUCCUCGAAGAAGCCGAGAAGGUCAAAGCGGAGAUGGCUCUGAUCGACGCCACGCUCGCUCGGAUCUCGCAGUACAACGACGAGAGCAAAUCCGCACACAGAUCCGAGUCCGUGAAGUCUCUCCGCAACAAGAUCUCCAACGAGAUCGUCUCCGGUUUACGGAAAGCGAAAUCGAUCAAGGCCACGCUCGAGGAGAUGGAUAGAGCGAACCGGGAGAUUAAACGGUUAUCCGGAACUCCGGUUUACAGGAGCAGAGUGGCUGUGACCAACGGUUUGAGGAAGAAGCUGAAGGAAGUGAUGAUGGAGUUUCAGGGGCUGAGGCAGAGGAUGAUGAGUGAGUACAAAGAGACCGUUGAGAGGAGGUACUUCACUGUAACCGGUGAGAGACCAGACGAGGAGAUGAUUGAGAAGAUCAUCACCGAUGGGGAAGAGUUUCUGACAAGAGCCAUUCAGGAGCAUGGGAGAGGGAAGGUGUUGGAGACUGUUGUUGAGAUUCAGGACAGGUACGACGCGGCGAAGGAGAUAGAGAAGAGUUUGUUGGAGCUUCACCAGGUGUUUCUUGAUAUGGCUGUGAUGGUGGAAGCGCAGGGUGAACAGAUGGAUGAGAUCGAGCAUCACGUGAUGAACGCUAGCCAUUAUGUUAAAGAUGGGGCUAAUGAGCUCAAGACGGCGAAGAAUCAUCAGAGAAGCAGUAGGAAAUGCAUGUGCGUUGGUAUCAUUGUGCUGCUUCUGAUCAUUCUUGUUGUUCUCAUCCCAAUCAUUACCAGUUUCACCUCUUCUUGAGAGAGACAUGACUUAGUGUUUGUUUUGUGCCCUAAAAGGAUGUCUUAAUCCUUAUAUGCAAUGAUGAAUGUUUUUACCUUA